AUGACCAAGCAGACAAAGCAAGCCAAGCAGGAACACAAAUACCACUCACCUACUGCUCUGCAGGUGGCAAUAAAAAUCAUUGACAAAUCUCAGCUAGAUGCUGUGAAUCUGGAGAAGAUCUACCGAGAGGUGCAGAUAAUGAAGAUGCUUGAUCACCCACACAUUAUAAAGCUCUACCAGGUGAUGGAGACCAAGAGCAUGUUGUACCUUGUGACAGAAUUUGCCAAAAAUGGAGAAAUUUUUGAUUACCUGGCCAGCCACGGCCGCCUGAGUGAGUCGGAGGCCCGGCGCAAGUUCUGGCAGAUCCUCUCAGCAGUGGAGUACUGCCAUGGCAGGAAGGUUGUGCACAGGGACCUGAAGGCUGAAAACCUUCUGCUUGACAGCAACAUGAACAUCAAGAUAGCAGAUUUUGGAUUUGGGAAUUUCUAUAAGAGCGGGGAGCCUCUGACAACAUGGUGUGGAAGCCCACCUUAUGCAGCCCCAGAAGUCUUUGAAGGACAGCAGUAUGAAGGACCCCAGCUGGAUAUCUGGAGCAUGGGUGUAGUUCUCUAUGUUUUGGUCUGUGGAGCUUUACCUUUUGAUGGACCAACACUCCCCAUACUGAGGCAACGAGUCCUUGAGGGAAGGUUCAGGAUCCCUUAUUUUAUGUCAGAAGAGUGUGAACAUCUGAUUAGAAGAAUGUUGGUCCUAGACCCAUCCAAACGGUUAACUAUUGCUCAGAUUAAGGAGCACAAGUGGAUGCUCAUAGAGGUUCCUGCACAGAGACCUGUUCUUUAUCCACCAGGAGAAGAGAACCAGCCUUCCCUCGGGGAGUACAACGAGCAGGUCUUGCGGCUAAUGCACAGCCUGGGAAUAGACCAGCAGAAAACCAUUGAGUCUCUGCAGAACAAGAGUUACAACCACUUUGCUGCCAUCUACUACCUGUUAGUGGAAAGGCUCAAAUCCCACCGGAGUAGCUUCCCUGUGGAGCAGAGACUGGACUCUCGGCAGCGCCGGCCGAGCACCAUCGCUGAGCAGACAGUGGCCAAGGCACAAGCUGUUGUUCCCUCAGUUAACCUGCAUUCACAAAAUGCAAGGUUGUUGCAGUCUCCAGGUCUUCCCUCAGCUUCAGGAGCAGAAGCCUUUUCCUUCCCUCCAUCCAGGUGUCAGGGAGAGGCAGCAUUUAUGGAGGAAGAAAGAGUUGAGACACCAAAGGUGAACGGCUGCCUGCUGGAUCCUGUCCCCCCUGUGGUGAUUCGGAAGGGAUGCCAGUCCCUGCCCAGCAGCAUGAUGGAGACUUCUAUUGAUGAAGGAAUAGAGACAGAAGGUGAAGCAGAAGAUGAUCCUGCCCAGGCCUUUGCAGCCCUCCAGGCAGCUCGCUGCGGGAAGAGGCGUCACACCCUGGCAGAAGUCACCAACCAGCUGGUGAUGGUGCCAGGCACAGGGAAAGUCUAUUCCUUGGAUGAAAACUCAUCUCUGGGCAGCAUUGAUGCCGAGUACGACAUGGGAUCUGUGCAGAGAGAUAUGAAAUUCCUGGAAAACACCCCUUCCUUGAAGGAAAUGGUGUUGACUAACCAACAGGCACCCAGAAUGACACCACCCUUCAUAGGCCUGAGACCUGCCAACCCAGCCAUGCAGGCCCUGUCCUCCCAGAAGCGGGAGACCCACAACCGCUCCCCCGUCAGCUUCCGAGAGGGGCGAAGAGCUUCUGACACCUCCCUCACACAAGGAAUUGUAGCAUUUCGACAGCACCUCCAGAAUCUGGCACGAACCAAAGGAAUCCUGGAACUGAACAAAGUCCAGUUGCUCUAUGAGCAGAUGGGAUCAGAAGAAGAACCUUCUCUGACAUCCACUGCCACCCAGUUACAGGACCUCAUUAAUAACCCUCCACAGGAGGAAGCACCUCAGCAGCAGGAAGCAGCACCUGCUUUCCCCAAGGGUGCACAUCAUCCCAGAAGGCAGAGCUUAGAAACACAGCACCUACAGCACAGGCUCCAGAAACCCACUCUGCUAUCCAAAGCUCAGAACACUUGCCAGCUGUACUGUAAAGAGUUGCCUCGUAGUCUGGAGCAGCAGCUACAGGAGCACAGGCUGCAGCAGAAGCGCCUCUUCCUGCAGAAGCAGUCCCAGCUGCAGGCCUAUUUCAACCAGAUGCAAAUAGCCGAGAGCUCCUACCCGAGGUCAACUCAACUGCCACUGCCGUGCCAGGAGGAGCAGCAGCAGCAGCCAGCAGCCCAGUUCAGCCUGCAGCAGCCCCUGAGCCCUGUGCUGGAGCCUUCCUCAGAACACAUGCAAUACGACCCCUUCCUCAGCCCGUUCCAGAAGGUGCAGCUGGACCCUCUGCCACCCUCCCCCAUCACCAGCUCCUCGCGCUUGUCGCCCCCCGUUCAGGUGCAGCAGCCACCACAGCCCUUACAAUAUUCCUACCAGACUUGUGAAUUGCCUGUUGUCACCUCUUCUGAGCCAGACUACCCCGACCAGUGCCAGUAUUCCAUGGACCCAGCACAACAGAGCAGUGUAGCAUUGCCUGAGAGCCAGAGCAGCUCAGCACCACCCCCCGACUCCCAGCCCAGCUACGACACCUUAACCCUCUCAGAAUUGCCUGGACUCUUUGAUUGUGAAAUGAUGGAGACUGUAGAUCCCCAACACAGUGGGUAUGUCCUGGUGAAUUAA